AUGUCGUCGAAGAAUCCCGGUGGAUCCAAGCAGGCUCGUUUCGCUGACCCCUCAAUGGCUGAAAGCUCGGAAAGGAAAAUGCGUGCCGCCGAAGACGCGAACCAGAAUCCUGUGCCAGGUUCCGCCGCCUCUCUGACCUGUCCGGCAGGCGCCGUCGCCCCGCAUCAGCCACCUUACGACCUGCGCAGGAAGAUCUAUUACCUCACGUCUCUGGGACCGAAUUGGGCCGCAGCAGCUCCGAGGAAACGCCAAAGACGGACCGGGAGUUCGUCACCGGAGGAACCUCUAUGUCUCGAUUCGGCCCUCAUGUCGCUCGAGCCCGUGCUCCCGACGAGCGCCUCGGUUGGAAGUUCCUCUCCGCUGGGCCAAAAUGAAGCGUCGAUGGAAGCGCUUGUGGACAUUCGAGUAAUCUCAGGGUGUCCCGCAUUUGCAGACACCAUGAGUGGGUACAUGAUGUCACCCGAACAUAUGAUGCCCGGCUGCUCCGAGCCCGUUGAUCGCGGCCUGAACAUUGUUGAACUACCUGAUGAAGUAUUAUUGACUAUCUUCUCGUACUUGGUCGAGCAAGAUCUUUGUCGUUUAGCACAAGUUUGCAAGCGUUUCCAUACAAUUGCCAACGACACCGAGUUAUGGAAGCAUCUCUACCAGCUUGUUUAUGAAUACGAUCUACCGCUGAUGGUCGGCUCGAGUCCCGGACAAUUCUAUUUUGUUCAAAUGUGUGGUUUGCACUUCGUUCGAAACCCCUGGAAAGAAAGUUUCCGUCAACUUUAUCGCGCUCUACACGUCCGUCCUGGUUACGCGGACAGGGGACGACCCAGGACCUACUUCGACACGAUCGAGAGUGCGCUAAAUCGGACCGAAGACAUGGACAACUCUAAUGCGUUUCAUAGAGACGACCGGCUACUCCUAUCCGACAGUCCGGCGGCAGACGCGCCGAAUCAACCACCGUUGAUACUCAUCCACUCGGGGACUUACAAAGGCGAAUUUAUCAUUGUCGACAGUCCGAUCAUGAUGUUGGGCUGCGGUCCGGGCUGGAACCCAGCCGAUAAAGUGAUACUCGAGCGAGACUCUGAGUCUACGAUCACAUUCGUCGAAGGCAGCCGCGGUUCCUACUUGGGCUAUCUGACACUACGGUUUAGUCCCGAUGUCACGUCCAGCGUACCCCAUCACAAACACUAUUGUCUCGAAAUCAAUGAGAAUUCAGCGCCGAUCAUCGACCACUGCAUAAUCCGAUCGUCGUCGGUAGUGGGAGCUGCAGUUUGCGUGUCGGGUACGGGGGCCGAACCUACAGUACGGCACUGUGACAUAUCAGACUGCGAGAACGUUGGCCUCUACAUCACCGACCACGCUCAGGGUCUUUACGAAGAAAACGAAAUCUCAAGGAAUGCCCUCGCAGGAGUUUGGGUCAAGAACCACGCAAACCCAGUUAUGCGUAGAAACCACAUCCAUCACGGCCGGGACGUCGGCGUGUUCACGUUCGAUAACGGCUUGGGAUAUUUCGAAGCGAACGAUAUUCAUAACAAUCGCAUCGCCGGUUUUGAGGUCAAAGCCGGUGCCAACCCAACCGUAGUUCGUUGUGAAAUUCAUCAUGGUCAAACCGGUGGCGUCUACGUUCACGAGAGCGGACGAGGUCAAUUUCUUGUAAACAAGAUACACUCGAACAAUUUCGCCGGCGUAUGGAUCACGUCGAACAGCAAUCCGACGAUACGUCGAAACGACAUCUACAACGGCCACCAAGGAGGCGUGUACAUAUUCGGUGAAGGUCGCGGCCUCAUCGAACACAACAACAUUCACGGCAACGCUUUGGCGGGUAUCCAGAUUCGCACAAACUCUGACCCCAUUGUGCGCCAUAACAAAAUUCACCACGGCCAGCACGGAGGCAUUUACGUGCACGAGAAAGGCCAGGGCCUCAUCGAGGAGAACGAAGUUUACGCCAACACGCUCGCGGGAGUCUGGAUCACGACCGGCAGUACGCCUGUUCUCCGACGGAAUCGAAUCCACUCGGGGAAACAAGUCGGCGUGUAUUUCUACGACAACGGCCACGGUCGCCUGGAGGAGAACGAUAUUUUCAAUCAUCUCUAUUCUGGGGUCCAGAUACGAACCGGCAGCAAUCCUAUCAUUCGGCGGAACAAGAUAUGGGGCGGUCAAAACGGCGGCGUCUUGGUUUACAAUGGAGGUCUAGGAGUUCUGGAGCACAACGAGAUCUUUGACAAUGCCAUGGCCGGAGUUUGGAUUAAGACCGACUCGAAUCCCACUCUUCGACGCAAUAAAAUCUAUGAUGGCCGAGACGGGGGCGUCUGCAUUUUCAACGGAGGAAAAGGUGUCCUCGAGGAAAACGACAUCUUCCGAAACGCACAGGCCGGUGUUCUCAUCUCGACGCAGAGUCAUCCGCUUCUGAAGCGGAAUCGAAUUUUCGAUGGUCUUGCAGCUGGCGUGGAGAUCACCAAUGGAGCUACGGCCACUCUCGAGGGCAAUCAGGUCUUCAACAAUCGCUUCGGAGGUCUUUGUUUAGCGAGCGGUGUUCAACCGCAUCUGAAGAAUAAUCGUCUGUUCGGAAAUCACGAUGCCGUCGAGAAGGCCGUCGCCGGUGGUCAAUGCCUCUACAAGAUCAGCAGCUACACCUCGUUUCCGAUGCAUGACUUCUACAGAUGCCGAACGUGCAAUACGACGGACAGGAACGCCAUCUGCGUGAACUGUAUUCGGACGUGCCAUUCAGGUCACGACGUCGAGUUCAUUCGCCACGACAGAUUCUUCUGUGACUGCGGCGCUGGCACGCUCUCGAAUCAGUGUCAACUCCAAGGCGAACCGACGCAAGAUACGGAUACGUUAUACGACUCGGCCGCCCCCAUGGAAUCCCACACGCUGUUGGUCAACUAAGUAAUCCGAGAACCGGUUUCAAGGCAUUCGACUCAAGGUCAAAAUAGCUCGCAUAUUCACUUAGACGGUGUGCUCCCAGCGCGAACAUCGAGAAAAAAACUAUAUAUCCCCUUGUGAGGAGGGCGUAGCAACAGCGUGUCCCUCAGCUCAAUCACAACUUUUCAACUCACUAUCCGACACGCUGAUCCUCGGCCUCUGGCUCACGAGGACGAAACUCUUCGUAUGUAUGUAGUCCUUAGCUAGAUUCAGCAGUUUAAAAUUAGUGCAAUUACGAGAGAAGAGCGUGAAGCUAGCCGUGA